AUGGCAUCUUCGCCCAAGAAAGCCUCGCAGCGCCAAGGGUUUCGGACCAACGAGUUCAUCGUCUAUCCCGCCCACGGUGUCGGCCAGAUCACGGCCAUCGAGGAACAGGAAGUCGCAGGCCACACGCUGGAACUGUUCGUUAUCGAGUUCCAGAAGGACAAGAUGCGCCUGAAGGUUCCGGUUGCAAAGGCGCUGUCGAUCGGCAUGCGCAAACUCGCCGAAGGCGGUUUCGUCGACCGCGCGCUCAAGGUCCUUCAGGGCCGCGCCCGCAUCAAGCGGACCAUGUGGUCGCGCCGCGCGCAGGAGUAUGACGCCAAGAUCAAUUCCGGCGACCUGAUCUCGAUCGCCGAGGUCGUGCGCGACCUGUACCGCGCAGAGAACCAGCCGGAGCAAUCCUAUUCCGAGCGCCAGCUCUACGAGGCCGCGCUGGACCGCAUGGCGCGCGAAAUCGCGGCGGUGAAGAAGGUGUCGGAAACCGAGGCGGUGCGCCUCAUCGAAACCAAUCUCAAGCUUGGCCCUAAGCGGGCGAACAAGGCUGAAAACGACGAGGGCGGUUCGCAGGAACAGGCCGCCUGA